CUUCCGCUGCCAUGGCCUCGGCGCAGGCCCGGCGGCGUUGCCUGGCGCUGGUGGCACAUGUUUGGGGACGGCCAGGGGCCGUUGCCGAGGCGGGGCGACUCAGCCACGGCGCACGGCAAUCGCACAAAGCCCUGAGCGGUUCAUUGCGCCGGGACCCUUUUACGGAUGGGCUCGGUCAGUUUCAUACGAGGGGCUUCGCGAGCGUUUCGGCGCAACCCACCGGGGAGCCAGAGGCGGCUGAGACCCCGGUGGGGCGACAGUACCCAGCCGUUGGGCAGUCGUUCAAAGAGACGGCGCCAAUCGAGGGCGGCAGUCUCACUUUGGAGACGGGCAAGCUGGCGCGCUUGGCGGACGCAGCGGUGGUGGUUGGUUUCAAUGAAACUAAAGUGCUGUGCACAGCGAUUGCAAGCAGACGCAUGGAUUCUGCCCAGUCGUUUCUUCCGCUCACGGUUGACUACCGGGAGAAGGACUACGCCCAAGGCAAGAUUCCGGGGGGCUAUUUCCGCAGGGAGGGUGCCCCCCAGACGCGGGAGCUCCUGUGCAGCCGGCUGAUCGACCGGGCGAUGCGGCCGCUCUUCCCUGAGGGCUUCUACUGCGAAACGCAGCUGCUGGCCAACGUGCUCAGUUUGGACGGCUCCCAAGAUCCGGACGUCCUCGCGAUCAACGGCGCGUCCGCCGCUCUCACCAUUUCGGACAUCCCCUGGAACGGGCCCGUCGGGGCGGUCCGAAUCGCGCGCAUCAACGGCCGGUUAGUGGUUAACCCGGGGUUAGAGGACUGGGGCAAAACGGAUCUGAGCUUGGUUUAUGCGGGCACAGAGCGGGAUUGCGUGAUGAUGGACGUGCAAGCGAAGGAGAUCAGCAACGAAGACUUGGCGCAGGCGCUGCGGCUCGCGCAUCAGGAGGCCCAAAAGGUUCUGGACGUACAGCGUCGACUGGCGCAGCAGGUAAACCACGCGAAGCGGGAGCGCAUGCUGGAAGAGAUCUCGGAGGAACUGGUGGAGCGGAUACGAGAAGCGGCGGGCGCCAAGAUCUCCGCGAUCAUGGAGGACCCGUCGUAUGGAAAGCAAGAGCGGGGCAAGGCCCUGGCGGAGGUGGAGCAGGAGGUGAGGGCGCAGUUUGAGGAGGCGGGCGAUGCGGACGCCGUCCAGAAGCUGCCCCUCGCGUUCGACGAGCUCAAGUGGCGGAUCAUCCGGCGCAACAUCAUCGACCGGGGGGUCCGCCCCGACCACCGUCCCCUCGACCAAGUCCGCCCCAUUCACUGCGAGGCCGACUUUCUCCCGGCCCUGCACGGGUCAUCCCUCUUCUCCCGGGGUAACACUCAGGUGGUUUGCACCGUAACCCUGGGUUCCGUACUAGACGCGCAGAAGCUAGACACGAUGGGCGGCCCGGAUUCCAAGCGGUUCAUGCUGCACUACUCGUUCCCCCCGUAUGCGACGAAUGAGGUGAAGCGAGUUGGGGCGGUCAACCGACGGGAGGUGGGGCACGGCAUGCUCGCGGAGAAGGCGCUCGCGGCCGUGAUGCCGGACGAUGACGCCUUCCCGUUCACCGUCCGGGUGACGUCCGAAUGCACAGCCUCCGACGGGUCGUCCUCCAUGGCCACCGUCUGCGGAGGCAGCCUUGCGCUGAUGGACGCGGGCGUGCCCAUCACCAAACACGUGGCGGGCGUGUCCGUCGGACUGUUCACGGACACCGAUGCCGACAACACCGUCCGAAAUUACAAGCUGGUCACGGACAUCGUGGGGUUAGAGGACCAUUUGGGCGACAUGGAUUUCAAGGUGGCGGGAACUAGGGACGGCGUGACGGCGAUCCAGCUGGACAUGAAGCUGCCGGGGAUCCCCCUGGAGAUCCUGGUGGAGGGGCUGGAUGCGGCGCAGGAUGCGCGACGCAAGGUUAUCACCUUGAUGGAGCAGGAGAUUGCGAAGCCGCGUGAGGUGCCCAAGGACUCGCACCCGCGCCUUGCGACGCUCCCGGUGGACCGGGCAUCGCUCGGGAAAGUGAUCGGGCCGCUCGGUGCGACCAUCAAAGGCAUCCAGGCAGAGAGCGGGGCGCGCUUGAAGGUCGAGGACGGCGGGGUGCAGAUCUUCGCCAAAGACACGGCCAGCUUCAACCUGGCGCGGCAUCUGAUUGAGAUGGCGGUCGGGAAGGACGUGGAGAUCGGCAAGGUGUACGACGGCGUCGUGACGAGCGUGCGCGACUACGGCGCGUUGGUGGAGCUGGACGGGACGGGGGGGCAGGAGGGCCUGCUGCACAUCUCGGAGAUCUCAGAAAACAAGAUCAAGCGAGUCGAGGACGUGAUGCGCGAGGGCGACCGCGUGCGCGUCCUGUGCACGGGGCGCAACAUUCGUGGCGACACCCGGUUGUCCAUAAAGGCCCUCAACCGGGCGGAUUCCGCAGGCAGCAGCGACUCGGAAGACUAUUCCCCGGGCAGUGACUCCGAUGCAAGCUCGUCUUACCGUAGUUCAAGUUUUCGGGGGGACGGUCCAUCCGGCGCUGAAAGGGGCGAGGGAGGGACCCCCCGGCGAGAGCCGACUCGGAGGAUAACCGAAGAUAACGUGGAGCUCGGGAAGACGUACCGGGCGAAGGUCGUGUCGGUGCGGGACUACGGCGCGUUUUUGGAACUAGAGACGGGAGAGCAGGGGCUGCUACACGUGUCGCAGAUUUCGCACGGAUUCAUUACCUCGAUCAAGGAUCACGUAACGCUAGACCAAGAAUUAGAAGUCGUUGUAGUGAAAGAGCCGAGAGAUGGAAAUGGGGUGACCUUUUCGCGGCUUCCCUUACUUCGGAAACCCCCAAAACGGACAACGAACUCUCCCAUUGUCAUUCCUGGAAGGAGGAACGAGUCCUGA